ACAUGAACGAAGACUGCUUCUAAGAUGAAUCAGAUUGUUCUUCAUCAGCAGGAAGUCUCCAUUGAGCAGCACUGAACACAGGCAAAAAAACAAACAGCUGGGAAGAGAAAGGACGAACCGGAGGUUAGUUCUGAAUAUCUGUGCAGACACACCAUGUCCCUUCCUGCCGAAUUCCUGUCCGAGGAGCAGCUGUCCUGCUCUAUUUGCUUAGACAUCUUCAUCAAUCCCGUCUCCACUCCCUGCGGCCACAGCUUUUGCCUCGUGUGCAUCACCUCCUAUUGGGAGGGCCAGAGCAAGACCUGCCUGUGUCCUCUAUGCAAGGAGAACUUCCGCAAGCGUCCUGAGCUCCACAUCAACCACACUCUAAAGGAGAUCACCGAGCAGUUUAAACGCAUGGCCGAGACUUCCGUGAGUCCUAGGAAUGUGUCCGGAGACUACCUGGGAGCCCAGUUCCCUCAGCCGAAGCUCGCGGGACAGUUCCCACCACAGGAGUUUUCCGAACAGCUGAUGAAAGAGAUGAAGAACCGCAUUCAAAGGUCCGCAUCAAGCGAGCUUUUGCCACCUCACCAGCUGUCGGAGGCAUCGAAUGAUGCUCCUUCUCCUUCUGGGAUGAUUAAAAGGUGUUAUAGCGUGAGUGGUACCGAUGGAGGGGGUUCAGAUGGACAACAGUGUCCCAAACAUGGACAGUGUUUGGAACUGUUCUGCAAGACAGACCAGUCGUGCAUUUGUACUGUAUGUGCCGAGACAGAACAUCAGGGGCAUUCUGUGGGCCCGGCAAAGAGAGAGAUAAAUAUUAAGAAGUCUCAGUUGCGUAUUAUGGAGGUGGAGCUUCAAGGUCUGAUCACAGUCAGAGAGAAGAAGAUUACGGAGAUCCGAUCAUCGCUCUCUGAAAUUCAAGCGAUUGCAGAUCAAGAGAUAGCAGGUACUGUGAGUACGUUCAGCGAGUUAAUGAGCGCCGUGGAGAGGUCCCAGGCCGAGCUUCUGGAGGUGGUGGAGAUGGGACGCCGAGCAGCAGAGCUCCGCUCUCAGGCCUUCAUACGAGACCUGGAGAUGGAGAUCGCCAAUUUGAGAAAAAGAAGCAGCAAUCUCAGUCAGCUCGUGCAGUCUCAAGAUCAUUUCACUUUCUUUAAGACCUACCCAGCUUAUAGUAGUUUACCUGCGACCAAGAACUGGACAGACGUGGCCUUGACCCCUGACCCCACCGCAGGAGCUGUUCUGAGAAAUGUCACUCAGGUGGUGAGAGAGAUUCAAGAAAGUAUGAAGAAACUGCCAGAGAUCUGUUUGAACACAGAAAACUCACUGGAAUCAAAGCUGUGGAGACUGCAGGAAUAUGCCAUGGACGUGACCCUAGAUCGAGAUUCAGCCCAUCCGCGCCUAAUCCUCUCUGAGGACGGUAAACAGGUGCGCUGCAGUGACCGCUACCAAAACGUGCCGGACACAGCGGAGCGCUUUGAUCGCGUGGUGUGCGUUCUCGGUCGCCCAGGUUUCAACUCUGGCCGCCAUUACUGGUUGGUCCAUGUGGGUGAGAAGACGGACUGGGAUCUGGGAGUGGCCAGCCAUUUUAUUAACAGAAAAGGAAAAAUAGCAGCCAAACCUGCAAAUGGAUUUUGGUUUCUAAGUCUACGUGACAAGCACGAAUACGUCUUUCGUGCUGAACAAUCUACUACUAUAUCCCUGCAACAAAAACCCCAAACCAUCGGGGUGUUCGUGGAUUACGAAAAAGGCCAAGUGUCUUUUUAUAAUGCAGAUACAAGGUCAUUGAUUUUCACCUUCACAGGCACAUUUGUAAGCGUUUUGUAUCCUUUCUUUAGCCCGUGCACCAACAAAUCUGGUAAAAAUGAAGCACCUCUCAUCAUAUGUCCUGCCGGCUCUGCCGAAAGAAGUUGGCUGACUGAAAAAUAAUAAAAUAUAGUGUGGGGUAUCUUGUGUGCUGCACUCUUAAAAAAGGGUGCUUCAAAAGGUUAUUUGAUGCCAUAGAAGAACCAUUUUUGUUUCCACAAAGAACCAUUCAGUAAAAGGUUCUUAAAGGAACCAUAUCUUUCUUACUUUUAUAAUCUACAGAACCUUUUUUCGCCACAAUGAACCUUUUUUGAUACAGAUGUUAAAGGUUCUUUAUGGAACCCAAAAGGUUAUAUGGCAUCAAAUAAACUUUUGAAGCACCCUUUUUUUAAGAGUGUAUGCCAUAAAAUGUAAAAGUGGGCUAGUCUUUUUAAAAUUCGGUAGGGUUGGAAGGGGCAAUUGUUUUACAUAAAAAUAUGUAAGUUUUGAUUUGUUUGAUGUUGACGCAAAAAUGAAAAAAAAAAACUGUCAGCCGCAGAUGUAAGUAUGAUUUUGAGCGCUGACUGCAAAAUGAGCUCUGUACGUUUGUGUAUUAUGGUAAAAGAAAAAAUAAAUGUAACUACAUAUACAA